CCACCCGGCCAGCGGGCCAGCCAGCCUGCGGAGACUCCCGGGUCUCCGCGCGGGACUGGGGCUGGGGGCGGACAGCCGGGGCGGACCUGGCCGGCGCCGAAGGCGACCCUGGGCAUUAUUAUGAAGUCGCCGCGGAGCGCAUGAGGAGGAUGCGGCAGCAGGCGCCGCGGCAGGAGGAGGAAUAGGCGGUGGUGCCCUCGAGAGGGAACCGCGCGCGGGCCAGAAGGCUCCUGGAGGCACCGCAGUACCGCCGCCGUCGCCCGGGGAGGCUCCGCACGAGAGCCAUGUAACCCUGCGGCGAGCUCCGGGCUGCUCCGUCCUUCCCCAACUCCCGGGCUAGCGCGGUAGCGGGGCCAAGAUGAAGAAGCAGUUCAAUCGCAUGCGCCAGCUGGCCAACCAGACGGUGGGCAGUGUUUUUGGUUACCUUGACAACCUGAGACAUCUUCAAAUGCCAUGACAUCUCUCAGAAUGCCAUUCUUAGAGGGCAGAAAAGACUGAAGUUCUGAGUGAAGACCUUCUUCAGGUGGAGAAGCGCCUGGAGCUGGUGAAGCAAGUUUCACACAGCACGCACAAGAAGCUCACUGCAUGUCUCCAGGGCCAGCAAGGGGCAGAAGCCGACAAGCGCUCUAAAAAAUUGCCUUUGACAACACUGGCUCAGUGUUUGAUGGAAGGGUCAGCUAUCCUGGGAGAUGACACACUUCUUGGGAAGAUGCUGAAACUCUGUGGAGAGACAGAGGACAAGCUGGCUCAGGAGCUGAUUCAUUUUGAAUUGCAGGUGGAGAGAGAUGUGAUUGAGCCCCUGUUCCUGCUGGCUGAGGUGGAAAUCCCAAAUAUUCAAAAACAGAGGAAACACUUAGCAAAGUUGGUGCUGGACAUGGAUUCUUCACGAACAAGGUGGCAGCAGACUUCCAAGUCUUCAGGUUUGUCCAGCAGCUUACAGCCUGCGGGUGCCAAAGCUGAUGCCCUCAGGGAAGAGAUGGAGGAGGCUGCCAACAGAGUGGAGAUUUGCAGGGACCAGCUCUCGGCUGACAUGUACAGUUUUGUGGCCAAAGAAAUUGACUAUGCAAACUACUUUCAAACGCUAAUAGAAGUGCAAGCUGAAUACCACAAGAAGUCAUUGACACUCUUGCAAGCUGUGUUGCCUCAGAUAAAAGCACAACAGGAGGCCUGGGUGGAGAAGCCCUCAUUCGGGAAGCCUCUGGAAGAGCAUCUCAUGAUCAGUGGCCGGGAGAUCGCCUUCCCCAUUGAGGCAUGUGUAACGAUGCUGCUGGAAUGUGGGAUGCAGGAAGAGGGACUCUUUCGAGUAGCUCCGUCUGCCUCCAAGCUGAAGAAGCUGAAAGCUGCCCUGGACUGCUGUGUGGUGGAUGUGCAAGAGUACUCAGCAGACCCCCAUGCAAUUGCAGGAGCUUUGAAAUCUUACCUCCGAGAGUUGCCAGAACCUCUUAUGACCUUUGAACUCUAUGACGAGUGGAUUCAGGCUUCCAACAUCCAGGAACAAGACAAGAGGCUUCAGGCUCUGUGGAAUGCUUGUGAAAAAUUGCCCAAGGCCAAUCACAACAACAUCCGAUAUUUGAUCAAAUUUUUAUCCAAGCUGUCAGAAUAUCAAGAUGUAAACAAAAUGACUCCCAGUAACAUGGCAAUCGUGUUAGGACCCAACCUCCUGUGGCCGCAAGCAGAAGGGAACAUCACGGAGAUGAUGACCACAGUUUCACUGCAGAUUGUUGGGAUCAUCGAACCCAUCAUCCAGCAUGCAGACUGGUUCUUUCCUGGGGAGAUAGAGUUCAACAUCACAGGGAAUUACGGGAGUCCGGUACACGUGAACCACAAUGCCAACUACAGCUCAAUGCCCUCCCCAGACAUGGACCCUGCUGACCGGCGCCAGCCUGAGCAGGCCCGCAGGCCCCUCAGCGUUGCCACAGAUAAUAUGAUGCUGGAAUUUUACAAAAAGGAUGGCAUGGGCGUGAGGGUGAUGGACACAUCCUGGGUGGCUCGAAGAGGCUCCUCUGCUGGCCGGAAAGGGUCGUGUGCCCCACCCUCCAUGCAGCCCCCUGCCCCGCCCGCAGAGCUGCCAUCGCCUCUUCCAGAGCAGCCCCCGGACGACCCCAUGGUGCCCUCGCUUUCUCCAUCAAGCCUGGGCCUCCAGCCCGGGCCUGAGCGAACCAGCACUUCUAAAAGCAAGGAACUUUCUCCAGGAUCUGGACAGAAAGGAAGUCCAGCUUCCAGCCAGGGGCCACCCUGUAUGGGGACACAACCAGGUGCACAACUGGGCACCAGCCCCAGCCAGCCACCCGCAGACCAGAGCCCUCACACCCUCCGGAAGGAAGGUCUGAGAAUUUCUACACUGACCCCUGAGCUGCUCAAUCCAGAAUCUGCCACUGGAACUCGCUUUUCCAAGAAGCUGGCGCCAGUUCCACCCAAGGUCCCCUUCAGCCAGCCGGGCGCUGUGACUGAUCUGUCUGCCGGCCAGCCGUCCCCACUCAGCCUGUCUCCUACGCCACCGAGCACCCCGUCACCCUACGGACUGAGUUACCCUCAAGGGUACUCCCUGGCCUCAGGCCAGCUUUCCCCGGCUGCUGCGGUCCCCCCUCUGGCCUCUCCUUCCAGCUUCACAAGCACUUUAACCAAAUCUCGGCCCACUCCUAAGCCCCGACAGAGACCCACCCUGCCACCUCCUCAGCCUCCCACAGUGCAUCUCUCAGCCUCUAGUCCGCAGUCCACGGAGCAUCCUGUGCUAGAUGGCAUGUCCCCCGGGGAAAGCAUGUCUACAGAUCUUGUCCACUUUGAUGUCCCCUCCAUCCACGUAGAGCUCGGGUCGACACUCCGCCUGAGUCCCCUGGAACAUGUGCGGCGACACUCGGUGACUGAGAAGAGGGACUCGGAGGAGGAGUCUGAGAGCACUGCCCUCUGACAUGUGUGUACAUACAUGAGCCGAGACUGACACACCACCAGGAGCGCCCUUGGGCCUGCCAAGCAUUUUCUGUUGGCUCUUUGCUGUCACUGCCAACACGAGGCUGGAGUUUUACAGAAAACUGUCAUCUCUGGCACGUGUGGCAAAUGUUGGUGGUGCAGAUUUUGUUUGUUCCCUUUGGGUGGUAACUUUGGCCUUUUGUUUGAUCUUUGCCUUUUGACUUUGUGCCUAUUUUGAUCCACUUUUAGCCUCCAUGCCAAGCAACAGCCCUCUCCGCCCAAGGGCUUGCCUGUCAGAAACGUCCUCUGCAGGGUGGUAGUGUGAAGGAGAGUCAAGUUGCCUGGUUAGAACUGGAGCUGCCCACUGUAAUGACAGCGAACGUCAAGUUCUUGCAGUAUCAGCUUAGUGGCUACAGAGGGAAAUGGGAUGGCAGGGAGCCCUUCAGUUACGGUGGACUAGAUCCUGGGCACUGACCUGCCUACUGCACAGGGGAGGGCCAGCCUCUGUAAAAACCUUUAAGGCUGUCCUUAAUCCAUGGUCUCUAAAGUAAAUAUCUUAAAACAAAAUUUCACUUCCUAAGUUUUAUUUUUCCACACUGUAUGACUGAAAGCUCCCAUUCCUACCUUAUUAUUUUAUACUUCUGAAUUCAAAAACUGACCUUGAGGGUAUCCAGAGGGCACAAAGCUAGCUUCCUAUGUCCCCAAAAAACAUCAGCUCUCUGACAGUAAUUCCAUCCCUCCAGGCUCUCAGUGAUACCCAGCUCAUGAGAUACGUGGGGUCCAGUUAUGUGCCUCGCUUCUGGACGUCACAGGUGAAUAGCAAUAACUUUGUUACCCAGAGCACGUAGAGGAAAGUGAAACUGGCCCUUGGAGACUUCAGGCCCGAGCCGUGGACCCUGUGGUGUGGCGAGCUUCGCUCACCAACAUCAGGCACUCGUCCUUUCUCAUGACCAUCCAUUCUCGGGGAGGAGGGCCGGGAGGGCACUGGGGAGCCUAGUCACACUUUGGGAUUGAGGGAGUGAGGAACAGAUUUGGGUCAUGCAUGCAAAGUCACACUUUAAAAUUUUAUCCUUUUAAAAUAGAUAUGAUAGACCUAUACAUGAUAUAAUAUUUGUAUAUAUGAAAUCUAUAUUUGUUUAAUUUGAGCCAUUCAAUCUAAACCAAUGUACAGGUGUACAAUGAGAAAUUUAAAUGCUUAUUUUUCCCAACACGGUGUAAAAUAACCCUUCUCAAACAGUGGGAUUUGCCAACUUUUGAU